CCAAAUUCCCAUCGCAAAGGGAAAAUCUGGUUUGCCCAUUUUAUCCCUACCCUUUUCUCUCUCUGUACCCCGUCUUUCUCCACAGGCAGCAUCUGUAUAGCAGCGAAACGCAAAAGACCAUUUCGCAGCGCAACAGUCGUAAACCUCAAAACUCAGAAGAAUAAUUACAAAAAGAAGAAAAAUAAAAAGGAAAACAAUAUGUUGAGGGUUGCAGCGAGGAGGCUCUGUUCUGUGUCCGCGUCGCCAUGGAGGUCCAACCAGGCCGCCACCGGCACUGCCACCUCCUCUAUCCUGUCUCGAAAUCUCAUCGACGACCGUGACUCCUCCGAUGAGCUCAGAUCCGCCUAUUUCACCCCUGACUUCUAUCUUCCGUCCAGAGGUUUUGUGUCUGGUUCAGUGACCCCAUCGCAGGACAACAAUCUAGUUCCAGACGUUCCUCCAACUGUCGCAGCCGUCAAGAAUCCUAGUUCAAAGAUAGUUUAUGACGAGUACAACCAUGAGCGUUACCCUCCAGGUGACCCCAGCAAGCGUGCAUUUGCCUACUUUGUCCUCACAGGUGGUAGGUUUGUCUAUGCUUCUCUGAUUCGUCUGCUUAUCCUUAAGUUUGUGCUAAGCAUGUCAGCCAGUAAGGAUGUUCUUGCCAUGGCCUCGCUCGAGGUUGAUCUCUCCAGCAUUGAGCCAGGUUCAACUGUGACUGUUAAGUGGCGUGGAAAACCAGUCUUCAUCAGACGCCGAACUGACGAUGAUAUCAAGCUGGCAAAUAGUGUAGAUGUUAAUUCUCUCCGUGAUCCGCAGCAAGAUGCUGAGAGGGUUAAAAACCCGGAAUGGCUCAUUGUUGUGGGAGUUUGCACGCAUCUGGGUUGCAUUCCCUUGCCUAAUGCUGGUGAUUUUGGUGGAUGGUUUUGUCCAUGCCAUGGUUCCCACUAUGAUAUUUCUGGAAGGAUCCGCAAGGGACCAGCACCGUACAAUCUGGAGGUACCCACUUAUUCCUUCUUGGAGGAGAACAAGUUACUGAUUGGCUGAAAACCUUGGCCUUGUUCUCUAGCGGACCGGUCGGUUCUGGAUGAGUUCUUUUUCAUAAUCAGAUAAUGUCGAAGAUUUGUUACAAACACUUUUACUUUUAAUUUUACUCUCUUUUCCCCCUUUGGGUUGUUUAGAAAUAGCGUUUUCAUAUUAUGCUACUCUUUCUGGGUGGUGUUGCUAUUGAUUGUCAAUAAGUUGCCUUGGCUUUGCUGAGCAUCAACUGUACCAAAGGCUCCAAACUUUGCUGAACUGAGGAUUCUGUUAUUUAAGAAUCAAGAAAACUUGAUUUAUUUAUCUAUUGAGGUUUAUUA